UGUAGUGAUGGGUUUACAGAAUGGAGCAAUGACAAGGAACUUCAUUGCCAAUUUCAAAGAUCAUAGGUUACCUAUGGUCACAGUCGGGAGGUGUGUCCAAUGUGUCUCACAUUUGAACUAUAAUACCAUAACUCUUCCCAUUUUGUUGUGCUUUGGUGGUGCUUCCUUUUCAUGUUAGGCUACGGAGAGAUGUUAAUUUUACUACACAGUAUAUCCAUGAUUCCUUACCCUCUAAAACAAAACCACCACUUCUGUCACUGUGAAAUGAAAUGACAUGUUUAGAACAAGAUAUGUUUUGCUAAGUAUUUUAAUCCCUUUGGAGAGCCUAACUUUGAAGACUACGGAUGAUUACAGGCAUUGAGCAUGCUGUGUUUAGCCUGCAUGCCCACGUUUUCUUUACCCACGUGUCUGGUGCCUGCAGUUCAGCUUAAAGGUAGCUGGGCUCUGGAGAAAGGCAUAACCCCUCCUGAGUCCUCACUGACAUUCACCCGUAUUCAAAAUGCUGCUCUUGUUUUCAUUUUCCUCACAGAUAAUGUCCUGUUUUAUCUUUGCAAGCAUCUCUUUGGCAGCUGAAUGAUACUCGUUGUUAAUCGUUAGCAUGUGUGAUGUUUGUGGUUCCUGAAAUGUAAACACAUUGGUUUGAUCUUUAUUCAAUUUAGUCUGUGUGAAUCCUCAUAUUCAAAUAGCUUGGUGCAGGAUGAAGGUUGUUUUUGUGUGUCCUGACAUCCUGACAGUCUGUAUGGUUUGUCAAGGGCGUUCAUGUAAACGCACAUUUAGCUGCUGUUCAUGUCCUCAGGCUUUAUACAUUAAUAUGACAGUAUUUGUUUAGCCAUCACAUAACUUGUGGGUGCUUUAUGGGCAGUGCUCCACAAACAACCUCGGGAGGUGUGUCUCUGUCUUAUGGAGCUGGGAAGGAUUUCAGCCAGGUAUGGUGUGGAGCCCCCAGGGUUGGUGAAGCUGGAGAGAGAGAUAGAUAGGGAGGAGGGAGGUUCUCUCACCUCAUCAUCACCUCUGGCCUUCCCCUUCCCCUCACCCACAACUCUUCCCUUGAUCUUACCGCUGCUCCGUGCUCCUACACCCCCUGCUUCUGUAUCCCCACCUCCCAGUCCAAGCCCACCCCCUUCUCAAGCCCCAGUAGACCCUACUCCUCUAACUUCCAUCUCAUCCUUGUCAACCACCACUAGCACAACUUCCACUCAAACCUCAUCUGUUACCAUUGUCACAACCUCCACUCAGACCCCUCCCACAACACCAACCACAGAUCCUAUCUCAGCCCUGAGCCUUACAGAGACCCCUGUCUCCCCCUCUCCACCUCCUCCUUCACAUCCUCCACCACUGCCGUCACCUCCAUCACAACCCUCCCCCUCCCCCUCACCUAAGCCCAAGGCGCGUCGUCCAAGCAAAUCAUCUGCUAAGAAAACGCCAAGCACAUGCAACAUGUUGGAUGACAUAGUGAGACACAUUAUUGAGGACUCGCCAUGCAGCUGCCCCGCUAAGUUCCCUGUGGAGAAGCAUCCUAAAGGAUGCUACCGUGUCGGGGAGAAGGUCCUCUACGUAAGAAUGCUGAAUGAACGUCAUGUGAUGGUGCGCAUCGGGGGAGGCUGGGAGACCUUGGGAUGUUACCUGCUGAAGCAUGACCCCUGCCGGAGUCCACCGGUCACCCCGGUCAGGACCUGUCGGGCCAAAGGGAAGUCCCCCAGCAUGAAGGACUUCUCACCACUGUCACCAGACAGCUACAUGGUGGUGGGGGCACACUCCCGUGCCAAGAAAUAAAACAUGAAUCUGUUCAACCAUAACAGAACUGACACCACAACCUAGCAAUGAAGCUUCCUGGUUAUUCUGAGCAUAUCAAGGUUUUUUCUGGAGAUGUAUUAUUAUCUGUUGGGUUUAGUGACUCACAUGUAUGUAGAAAGGUAUAUUUUAUCAUCUAAAGGAUUUCAACAAAAUAUGGUGUUAUUUUUAAGGUUAGUUUGAAAAAGUGAUUUUAUCUGUAAAAAUCUAUCCUGUAGUCUUUAAAAGAGUUGAUCCAGAAUGGCUAGUAUAGCUGAGGGUAUUGGUGUUUAUAGUUGUAUUUUAAUAUAUUGGAUGAGGGCUCAUCUCAAGACUGUCCAGUCAUUUCUCUAUAAGAAUUGUUUUAUUGUACUAUAAGAUAUUUUUCAUAGUACCCUGAGAGUAGAUGAUAUAGGGAUAAUUUAUUAAAUGUUUAUUUUUCAGUAUUUUAUGUAUAUUAUUUAUGUACUCUGAUUGAAUAUCAUGUAAUGACAUCACAUGUUUACCUUUUUUCAUGCCCAUGCAAACUAUGAAUUUAUCUGUAGUCAGUUGUUCGAUGGUUAGCUACUAACCUGCAGCCUUGACUCUUCCUCAGUUGCUGGAAUAAACACGACUGAGGACACAGCCAGAAAAUACUCAACUCUCCUCUAGGUGGCAUCGUGUCAUAAGAAAUAGAUGGUACAAGCAACACCUCGCCCAGGGUUUCUUAGCAGCUACGGCUGCAUUUAGACAUGCGGCAUAAUUACGAUAUUGUUUUGACCAAUCAGAUCAGCCCUAAAAAUGAUCUAAUGUGAAAAGAUCUGUGAUUGGUCAAAAUACCUAUUGGUGGGGAAAAAUAUCAGAAUUGGGCUGCCUGUCUAAAUGCAGCCUAAUAUUAUUACAGGGAAUUCAUCCACUGAGGUCCACUUAAAGUAAGUCUAGCAUUUGGACUAAAUCAGUGUCAGUUCACUAACUGACAGAUGUCAGCAACAUCCAUGUGAUUGUUUUUAAAACCUCCUCAAUGCUGUAUUAGUUUGGAGAAUGAAUAUGUGUUACAUACUGACGAAAGACAAACUGAGAUGGAUGAUGGUUGUUUUUUAUUGUCAAAUCAUGGCAUUUGUGUAAUUCCUCUGAAAAAUGUGCCACAUGUCCAACCAAAACUUUACUGCAGUGGUUGCAAGAACCAUAAUAGCCUAUUUGAUUAUACUCUAUGAGUGAAAUAGUGUAGAUGUAAGCCCAGAUGGGCAGUUCACAGGAAGAGGUUUACCUAAGCUCAGUGUUUUUCUGUUGUGACAUAAGAUGACAUAGA